CACCCACGGAGCCGGAGCCCACACCUGCUGAACCCACGGCCGGUGACGUCAACCGGCGAUUGACGGUGAAGAAGGUAACGUUGGCCGAAAUAUUCGAAUCGGAUGUCGUCCGUUUCUUUCUAAUUACGGAUUCCCCGCCCGCACCUUGCUCCUCCGACCACGCACGCCAAAGGGUCAAUAUAAAAAGGCUCUCUAAGGGGCUUCUACCGGUCAUCCUCGAGCUCUCUCAAACUGGAACCAGAGCCAUGGCCAACCUUUGUAGCAAAUCCAUGGCUCUGGGUCUCGUUCUCCUCCUCGUGGCUCUUUCUUCCUUCCUUGGCUCUUCUGCGGACCUUCAGAGGCUGGAGCACCCCUUAAAGCAUGAUGGUUCUCUGAGGGUUGUAGUGAUCGGAGAUUGGGGAAGGAAAGGAGAAUAUAACCAAUCCGAAGUCGCAACCCAGAUGGGAAGGAUUGGAGAUGUGCUAGAUAUAGAUUUUGUGAUAUCUGUUGGCGAUAAUUUCUACGAAGAUGGAUUAACAGGUGUCGAUGACAAGGCGUUCGAGGAGUCAUUUACCAGCAUAUACACAGCAAAGAGCUUACAAGAGCCAUGGUAUGCCGUUUUGGGGAAUCAUGACUAUAGGGGCGACGUGCUAGCACAAUUGAAUCCUGUCCUCCGAAAGAUUGACAGCCGAUGGAUUUGCAUGAGAUCUUUUAUUGUUAAUGCAGAAAUUGUGGAGUUCUUCUUUGUGGACACUACCCCCUUCGUCGAAAAAUAUUGGAUAGAUCCAGAGGAUCACCACUAUGAUUGGAGGGGAGUCGCUCCUCGUGAAAAUUAUAUCUCCAAUCUGUUGAAGGAUUUGGAUAAGGCACUGAAAGAAUCUUCAGCAACAUGGAAGAUUGUUGUGGGACACCAUACAAUGAGAAGUGUCAGUGAUCAUGGAGACACCCAAGAGCUCCUGACACUGCUGCUCCCAAUUCUUAAGGCUAAUGAAGUCGACUUGUAUAUCAACGGGCACGACCAUUGCCUCCAGCACAUUAGUAGCAAGGACAGUCCACUCCAAUAUCUGACAAGUGGAGGUGGCUCGAAGGCAUGGAGAGGUGUCUUCACUCCAAACGCAGACAAACUACAAUUCUUCUAUGAUGGCCAAGGAUUCAUGUCCCUUCAAGUAACCAAGACCAAUGUCGAUGUAGUGUUCUACGAUGUCUUCGGCCGAGUCUUGUACAAAUGGAGCAUGGACAAACAGCUUAACUAUGCAAUGUAGAAAGUUAAAGCACAUAGCAUGGCAUGAGCCACUUGUGCUAGCAAUAGACAAUGGAGUCGUUAGUUGGAAUGUGAUACCUACAUACUGAUGUGGCGUAUCAUGGGGUGCAUGUGGAGACUAUAAUGUGCAUGCACCCCAUUAGUUGGAGGAGGAUGAGAAGCAUGCUAGAGAAAAAAGAUGAGCAGGGGAAUUGAGGUUUACUUACAGCAAAUGUACUAGCUUUUAUUGAACAUAGAUAAUAGUAAUAUAUCAACUUAACUGUGAUCAA